AUGCGCCCGACAAGUAGAGUCGGGCAACAGCCAGUCAUUUGGCUUUUGUUCCUCUUACGUUUAAGAAAAUUCAUUCGACUACGAUAUUUAUUAUGCAUAUUUUUACUGCUCAUCAUCAUUACUUAUUUGCGUCUUAAUAAUUCUGAUCCUUCUUAUCCAAUAAAACCUAAUAGAGAUAAACUGACUGAUAUUGACAAUAAAAUUUUACCUCGUGCAGAAAAUAUUAAUAAUGAUAAUGAUCAUCAUCUUGUAGACAAAUGUAAUUUUGACGCAACAGAAUCUAUACUUCGAUAUAAAUCUUUAAAAGCUUCGAAUGAUGAUACCAAUGAUAAUCGUGCUAGACCCACAAUUCAACGUUUACAUUCACUUUUUUCAAUACUUAUUUCUACCGAAGAAAAAUAUCGAAAAGUAUUAGAAUAUCUUGGCGUAUUUCGUUUUACUGAUUUGUAUAAUACUCUAAUUCCAUUUGCAAACAAUACUCAACGUUUACAUGAUAUUUACUGUCAUUUCCAACGUUAUAUAACUAUAUCAGAUAAUGGACAUAUUGAUAUUGCACCAAAUUUCAUUAAUUAUUUGAAGCAAGUAUCCAAUUAUUUAUCAGAUGGUUUUACCAGUGAACAUUCCCUAUGGACUAAGACACCGAUAAAUGAUUUAAAGAAACCGGUUAUUAUUCUUGGAGCUAACUCACGUUUUUAUGACACAUUUCAAGCAUCAAUGCGUACAGUUAAUCAAUAUUUUUUGAAUUCUACCAUUGCUAUAUACGAUCUUGGUUUUGAUGGCAAUCAAUUAAAUAUGAUUAAAGAAAAUUGUGAACGAUGCAUAAUAAUUGGAUUUCCAUUUCGUGAAAUAGAAUCGGUCGCUCCUCAUGUUCGACAAUUACCAAAUUUUGCUUGGAAACCUAUUAUUGUUCAGGAUGCUGUACGACGUUUUGGUACUAUAAUUUACGGUGAUACAUCAGUUCGUUACUUAACCUCAGAUUUCAAUCGUAUAAUAAUUGAUAAUUUAAUACGAGGAUUCGCAUGUCGGGAAUUACCGGAUCAUUAUCUAUCAUGUUACACUUUAGGCGGCACAUUUUCAUGGUUCAAUGAGACCAAUUCUGCGUUCGAUGAUAUUUAUAUAGCUGAAGCAGGUUUUGUUGCUGUUACAGAUAAUUUUCUUUCGCGUCUUGUACUGAAAACAUGGGUGACAUGUGCACUGGAUGGAAAUUGCAUAGCACCAUCAAAUUCUAGAACUCAAUGUAAACGUCUGGUUGGGGCCGGAUCAGGCAUACAUCGUUAUGAUCAAUCAGCUAUGGUUGCUGUAUUGUCUUUUUAUUUUUUUCAAAGUUCACGUAAAAACGAUAGAACUGAACCAGCACCUUACGAUAUGUUUUCAUCCAUACAAAAAAAAGUAGCUGAAGUUCGACGUUUUGAAGGUGAUCAUGGUUAUUUUACACAGAGAAAAAAAGUUGAACCUGAACAGAACAAAACAAUUCCAAUACACCAUAGAUAG